AUGGCUACACAUCGGGUCCUCACUGGCUUUGGCGACUCAGAUAAGAGCUUUCGUCCUCCCUCUGCGGUUCCGUUCCAAGGAUGUGGACAGGGAAACGGUGCCAGGCCACCCAUCUGGAUCUCGGUCAGCUCAGUUCUCAUCACUAUGAUGGAAGCCAUGGGUUAUGGUUUUGAAGCACUUUCAGCCUUGGAGUCCAAACUUGUUAUGGCACAGUGCUUCUGCUUUGUUGACGAUACUGAUGUGAUUGGAGCAGGGACCACAGUUCAGCACUCCGGUGAAUCUAUCUGUCCAUCGGUCCAAGCAGCAGCUCCUCUGCCGUCUGGUGGCAUCCGAGCAACUGGGGGGGCCAUCAAUCCUGAGAAGUCAUUCUGGUGGCUGAUUGACUUUGCUUGGGACUCACGCCAGGGCCAAUGGAAGUUCCGUUGCAAAAGCUCAGUGGCUCCACACUUCAACCUCCACAUUCCGGAACUCUCCGGCACCAAUGAGCCCUUGCGACAAUUAGAGCCGGACGCUUCGGAGCGUACGUUAGGGGUUAUGUUAGCCCCCUUGGAGAAUCACAAAGCACAGGAAGCCCAACUAACGGCCAAGGCCAAGCAGUGGGCCGAGCAACUACAACCUCAUCUCCUCCACAAGUAUGACGUGAUACCCCUUAUCAAGACUACCAUUAUGAAGAAGCUGGAGUACCCCUGUUGGGAUAUGACGAAAUAUGAGUUUUUACGU